CAAAAAAUAAUAUUUAGGAUUUUUUGCCCAUUUUGCCUUUUUAUUUAAACAUUGAUAGAGGAGAGGACAGGGAGGAGAGAGGGGUAUGGAAACGGCAAAUGACCACGAGCCGAGAAUCAAACUCGGGUCGCCAAAAGUGCAAAAGCACCACAUGUAGGAGCGCGCUGACCAUUAAUAACUUUACACAAUCUGCUCCGACGGAUAUAAAAAAAAGAAUAUGCUCUUCAUUUAUUUAUUUACUAUGAAUGAUGAUGAUGAAUUUCAUUAAUGUUCUUAUUAUCAUUUCUAUUAUUUUAUUAGUAUAUUAUUUUCUUUUGUGGUUUUAAUCUAAUUACUUAAUUCGUUCAUUAUUCAUAUAUUAAGCGUGGUUUGUAGAGUUUAAAAUAUGUCAAUAUAAAUGUAAUUUCUUUUUUUCUUUUUUAAAAAUAUAAAUUCAAAUGUAUGUACUCGUUGAUUCUGUUCAUGCGAUUUUUGUGUUGUUUUUUAUCUUUUUUUGUGUGUGCGCUGUGUAUUAUCACAAAAGAAAAAAAUGUUUAACAAUGUUAAUUUGUGUAAAGUCAUAAUAAACAAGCAUUAAAUGAUGUUGUAAUGUACAUAUUAUUAAGUCAUCUACAACACUUAUGCAAUUAUUUCAAUUCAUAGCUGGUGACAAUUUUACAUACAUUUUAAUUCUUCUUCUUUAAAGCUCUAAAAUCUUUCUGAAAACAUCGAAAUAAAUAGACAACGAUCCCCGUUUAAAUCUUUAAAUAUUUAUUUCCUUGAUUGCUACCUUAAUUAAUUUCGAAACAUUGUAAAUGGAUUUGUCUAUGAUAAAAAAACAAAUGUUGAUGUCUAACACAGCUUGUUAUGAAUGAAAUACCAGAGAAUCUGUUCAUAGACGGACAUUUGCCUUAAAAGACAUUUAAACUCAUAAGAAUCCAAUUUCUGUUGAAAGUUAAAACCAAGCACACUAAUUAAUAAUAAACAUCCAUUUUCCAAACAAAAUAUAUGGCGAUUUAUUUAUUGAAGUCAACACAAAUAACAAGCAGUCCAAUAAUACUGAAAUUGCGUGUAAAUAUUAAACAUGUAAAUAAGAUAAUAUUUUAAAAGAUGUGACCUUUUACUUUACAAAUGUUACAACAAAAUAUCUGAAGGGCGCUGUAUGAAAAAUAUUACUUCUUAAAUUUCUAUGUUUACUAAACAGCAUUGGACUGAAGGGAAUUUUAGACUUUAUCUGAAAUAGAAAAGAUAGACAAUUCCCGAUAAAAAAAUUAUAUUUGUAAAGCAAUUAUAACAAAUAUAAGGAAAAUAUACAUAUUAAUAUAAUAUGUUUAUUGGUUGUCAUGGUUUUACUACAGCUAACAGUGGAUUAUUACGUCAGGUUUCAGAGGCUAUAAAACCCAGCGCGCCCUUCAUUGUUUCGUGGGUUUACAGUUCGGCGUGUGUUUUGGUGCUUUUGAAGUCCAAGGCGAUUUGCAAUGUUUUCUUGUGCGUUUUUGUUUGUUGUUCGUGUUUGUUUGUUUGUUGUUCGUCUUUGUUUGGAUUGCGUUAUGAAUCCGGUCAUCGUGUUUGUGCGAGGACCGGGGCGCAUUCUUUAUAUGGACAAGUUUCUUUCUGGAUUGGACAACGGAUCGACUCUCUUGUUUAUCAAGAAGAAUCGGCCCGUGGUUACAAUCCGAAGGGAUUUGUCCGCUCAUGAGCUCACCGUGCCCUCCGUCCCGGAGUCUCAGGAGGAGGCGCUCGGUGAACCGUGCGGUCAGCGGGAGAGAGAGACUGAGGAUGCUGAGGUUCAGAGCUCGGUGAGCGGAGCCGCCGCUCCUCAGACUCCUGCGGUCCAGACAGCAGAGGAAGCCUGUCCAGAUGAGAAGACCAUGAUUGAGGAUGAAGACUUUGAAGAGGAGGCAUCAGAGUCUUCAUCCCUUCAUGAGCCUUCUUCAUUGUCUGGUUCAGGCUCUGACUCCAGCUCCCUUAGCAAAGGGAGUUCCUCUGUUGUUGCUGACCGUAGUGGGGACGAGCCACUCGCCAUCCAACCAGCAGCAUGUCUGCCGUGGAUCGGUCGGGUGGUCUCGAGAGCUGACCUUAAGCCACCAGCUCCCAGGAAAGACGGACCUCCUUCAGCUCCUGCGGUGGUGACAGCAGAGGAAGCCUGUCCAGAUGAGAAGACCAUGAUUGAGGAUGAAGACUUUGAGGAGGAGGCAUCAGAGUCUUCAUCCCUUCAUGAGCCUUCUUCAUUGUCUGGUUCAGGCUCUGACUCCAGCUCCCUUAGCAAAGGGAGUUCCUCUGUUGUUGCUGACCGUAGUGGGGACGAGCCACUCGCCAUCCAACCAGCAGCUUGUCUGCCGUGGAUCGGUCGGGUGGUCUCGAGAGCUGACCUUAAGCCCCCAGCUCCCAGGAAAGACGGACCUCCUUCAGCUCCUGCGGUGGUGACAGCAGAGGAAGCCUGUCCAGAUGAGAAGGCCGUGAUUAAGGAUGAAGACUUUGAAGAGGAGGCAUCAGAGUCUUCAUCCCUUCAUGAGCCUUCUUCCGUGUCUGGUUCAGGCUCUGACUCCAGCUCUCUUAGCAAAGGGAGUUCCUCUGUUGUUGCUGACCGUAGUGGGGACGAGCCACUCGCCAUCCAACCAGCAGCAUGUCUGCCGUGGAUCGGUCGGGUGGUCUCGAGAGCUGACCCACCAGCUCCCAGGAAAGGUUUUCCACAGUGGAGUGAUCUGUGGUACAGGGUGGACCUCAACGGAUCCCGUGAGAAGUCCACACCACCAUCCUCCACACAGGCAGCUGGCACACAUCAGGAGAAUAGCACAGAGACUAAAGAUCUCAAGGCGAGGGCGGAGAUUUUAGUCUCUGAAUUGGUCCGUUUCUCCGGAUGUGGUUCUGUUUCUGCAGAAUUCCGAUUUAAGUUAGGGCAAAUGUUGGUGAGCUUUGCCCUGACCUCUGAGGCGGCAUGCACUCUCGCGAGGGAGACAUUGGACCGGGAAAUGCUCCGUCUGCGUAGAGAAGAGAGUUCGCCCCAGACAUUGAUUCACCUUUACAGGUUCAUAAAGAGAUUUCCCAUGAUAUUUGUAGGAAUGAAAUGCCAACUCCAUCAAUGGGUCCUCGAGGAUCUUGAAGAUCCAGACCUCGUUUCAGAGGAUGAGGAAGGAACAGCUGAGAUCGCUCCUGCUGACGCUCCAGCUGAGGGCCCCCUCUUACCGGCUCCUCUGGCUGUUCCAGAGCCUCCACCAGGUCUCCUCUUUCUCCCGUCACCUGCUCCACAGCCUUCAGUGGAGGUCCUCUCCUCUCCGGCUCCAUUGGCUGUUCCAGAGCCUCCACCAGGCCUCCUCUUCUUCCCGGCACCUUCACCUGCUCUGCAGCCUUCAGUGGAGUUCCUCUCCUCCCAUCCUCCUGCACCUGCUCCACAGCCUUCAGUGGAGGUCCUCUCCUUCCCGGCUCCUUUGGCUGUUUCAGAGCCUCCACCAGGUCUCCUCUUCUUCCCGGCACCUGCUCCACAGCCUUCAGUGGAGGUCCUCUCCUCCCGUCCUCCUGCACCUGCUCCACAGCCUUCAGUGGAGGUCCUCUCCUUCCCGGCUCCUUUGGCUGUUUCAGAGCCUCCACCAGGUCUCCUCUUCUUCCCGGCACCUGCUCCACAGCCUUCAGUGGAGGUCCUCUCCUCUCCUCCUCCUGCACCUGCUCCGCAGCCUUCAGUGGAGGUCCUCACCUCCCCUCCUCCUGCACCUGCUCCACAGCCUUCAGUGGAGGUCCUCACCUCCCCUCCUCCUGCACCUGCUCCACAGCCUUCAUUGGAGGUCCUCUCCUCUCCAGCUCCAUUGGCUGUUCCAGAGCCUCCACCAGGUCUCCUCUUCUUCCGGGCAUCUGCACCUGCUCCGCAGCCUUCAGUGGAGGUCCUGUCCUCCCCUCCUCCUGCACCUGCUCCGCAACCUUCAGUGGAGGUCCUCUCCUUCCCGGCUCCUUUGGCUGUUCCAGAGCCUCCACCAGGUCUCCUCUUCUUCCCGGCUCCGCAGCCUUCAGUGGAGGUCCUCUCCUCCCCUCCUCCUGCACCUGCUCCGCAGCCUUCAGUGGAGGUCCUCUCCUUCCCGGCUCCUUUGGCUGUUCCAGAGCCUCCACCAGGUCUCCUCUUCUUCCCGGCUCCGCAGCCUUCAGUGGACGUCCUGUCCUCUCCUGUUCCUGCACCUGCUCCGCAGCCUUCAGUGGAGGUCCUUACCUCCCCUCCUCCUGCACUAGCUCCACAGCCUUUAGUGGAGGUCCUCACCUCCCCUCCUCCUGCACCUGCUCAACAGCCUUCAUUGGAGGUCCUCUCCUCUCCAGCUUCAUUGGCUGUUCCAGAGCCUCCACCAGGUCUCCUCUUCUUCCCGCCUCCUGCACCUGCUCCGCAGCCUUCAGUGGAAGUCCUGUCCUCCCCUCCUCCUGCACCUGCUCCACAGCAUUCAGUGGAGGUUCUCUCCUCUCCAGCUUCAUUGGCUGUUCCAGAGCCUCCACCAGGUCUCCUCCUCUUCCCGCCUCCUGCACCUGCUCCGCAGCCUUCAUGUGCGCCUCCUCAACUCCAGAUACCUUCGUUCUAUCAGCAAAAGAAUGCAGAUGCUGUGAAGGACGUGGAGGUUGGGAACACUCCUUCAUCCUCUCAACUUUCACCUCCUCGCAGUCAAGCACCUCUUCUCGCCUCUCCACCGUCUAGGAAGCGUCGGGCUCCUUCAUGUUCACAGCAAAGUAUUAGAGUUCAGGGUGAGGCGGAGGUGUCACCAAAGAGAGCCAGACUGUGUCCAUCAAUCAGUGAUAUUAAAGCUCAACAUUCAUCUCCUUAUAGCCUGUCGGCUCAAGUCAAGCCGCCUCCGGCCCAACUUUCACCUCCUCACGGUCAAGCCCCUCCUCUCGCCUCUCCUCCGUCUAGGAAGCGUCGGGCUCCUUCAUGUUCACAGGAUGAGAUGGAGCCGACACCAAAGAGGGCCAAACUCUAUGGGCUGUCGGCUCGGGUCACUCCUCCUCUUUCCCAAACGCCAUCGUCCUCUCAGGUAGAUUUCACCAAAGCCCUAAACGUUAUUAGUGACAAUAUCAUUAAGAAUUUCAUUUAUUAA